AUUAUCAGCGCUGCGCCCCCCCUCCCCCCCCCCCCCCCCCCCCCCCCCAAUUCGCCACCCCUGUCAUCUGCUAUCCCUAGGCGCCGCUACUGCAUCGCCUGCCACGCUGCGCCGCCCCUCUCGUCCGCUAACCCUAGCCACCGCGACCAGCUUCGCCUGCUCAUCGCCGUCCCUCUCGUCUGCUAACCCUAGCCACCGCGACCAGCGCUACUUGCUCGUUGCCGCCCCUCCACCCCCGCCCAGCACAUCCGCACCCUCAUCCUCGACAAGGGUCGAGUCCUUGAAACCGAGCAGAUGUUCCGCGAAGCCGACGAGAAAUGGCCGGUUGUUAUCCCCGAUCACGAGCUUCAGCAACCCUUCACGGGAAUUAAGUUAGCCGAUUCAGCUCCAGCUACGAACAAUUUGAUUGCCUCCGAAGCCGAUUCUCAAAGAACUCUGUACCCAUAUGUUACAGGUACCUCAGUGGUUGGGAUUAAGUACAAAGAUGGAAUUCUCUUUGCUGCUGAUAUGGGAGGUUCAUAUGGGUCUACCCUUCGUUACAAGUCUGUGGAGAGACUAAAGUCAGUGGGGAAACAUUCUGUUAUUGGUGCUAGUGGCGAGAUCAGUGAUUUCCAGGAGAUCAUGCGAUAUCUUGAUGAGCUUAUCUUGUACGAUAACAUGUGGGAUGAUGGCAACUCCCUUGGUCCUAAAGAGGUGCAUAACUAUCUGACAAGGGUGAUGUAUAAUCGCCGUAAUAAGUUCAAUCCACUAUGGAAUUCACUUGUACUUGGUGGUAUCAAAAACGGACAGAAGUAUCUUGGAACAGUUAGCAUGAUUGGCGUACAUUAUGAGGAUGACCAUGUUGCAACUGGAUUUGGGAACCACCUCGCUAGGCCAAUUCUCCGUGAUGAAUGGCAUGAGAACUUGACAUAUGAAGAGGGUGUGAAAUUACUGGAAAAAUGCAUGCGCGUGCUUCUCUACCGCGAUAGAUCAGCUGUCAACAAACUUCAGAUUGCAAAGAUCACAGAGGAGGGCUUCACACUUUCUCAGCCAUACUCUUUGAAGACCUUCUGGGAUCUCAAUGCUUUCAAGAAUCCCACCCUGGGCGCUGAGGGUUCGUGGUAGUUCCAUCGGUUCUCAAAUACAUUAUGUGGAAAAUUUGCUGCAGGUUUCUCUUGUAUUCGUAUCGUUACUUAAACCGAGUUGAACCUUUCUUGUUAUGUUGACAUACAUCUAGAAACAAAUUUCGUAAAUUUGUUAAACCAUGAUUUCAUGUGCGUGUUUCGUUAAGAAGCAUUACUGAUUUUUGGA